CAUGCUGUAUUUUUUCCACCUCUGUGCUUUGGUGUAGUCUGUGCCUGUCGGAUAGAGAAGAAGACCUCAGACAUGGUGUAGGAUAUCAGGAAAGAAACAAGCAAUUGAAGUUGAAGAAUGAGACAAGGCCUGCGUAGACGCUGGUGGGGAGUGUGAAGGUUCGCGCCGCAGUGGACCGAACACAGGCAGGUGGAGGCUCCCAUGGAGAAGGAGCAGGUCAGUGUGGCCUCCAGUGCCAGUGUCACCAGCACCACCUCAACCUCCACUGGCAUCAGCACCACAUCAGCCUCCUCCAUCAGACAGCAGGUGCUUCCUCAGAUAUCUCUGUACGGAGGAAUCACAGACAGACAGACCGUUCAGGUCAUCCAGCAGGCAUUGAACAGGCAGCCGAGCUCAGCCGCAGCACAGUACCUCCAGCAGAUGUAUGCAGCCCAACAGCAACACCUCAUGCUUCAGACCGCAGCACUGCAACACCAGCACCUAAGUCUGGCUGCAGUACAGCAGGUGUGCAUGCAUACGGCUAGUAUAGUGGCAGGAAGACAAAGCUGCAGCCAGAAUGGCACUACAUCCCAGCAGACCGUGGCUUCCCAAACCACUAUUAAUCUGGCCACAUCCCAUGCGGCAGCUCAUUUGAUCAGCCGAGCUCAGAGCGGGAGCUCCGUUCCCGUCUGCAUUGCCCAACAGGCCGUGCUGCUGGGAAACUCCACCACAUCCACACUCACAGCCAGUCAAGCACAGAUGUACCUACGGGCGCAGAUGGCACAGCAGACGAAUCUUGUGCAAGUAGCAAGGAGUUUGGGGGGAGCUGUUCCUUUGUCAUCGCAGCUUAUCUUCACCCCGGCUGCCUCAGUCACAACCGUACAGCCAGAGACCUCAGCACUGUCAGUCAACACACCGGUUCAGAACUUGUCCCUGUGCAGUCAGCAGGGGGCGCUGGCUUCCUCCCUCUCCCAGACUCAGCUACAGAGCUUGAGUGUGAAACAGUCGACCGGGGCACCGGCACAGCCCUCUGGGAACAUCCAGCCAGUGGCCCGACUGAAGAGUCCAGGAGCUGAGCCAAACCCACGGGCUGCUGCAGGGAAGGCCAAUCGGGCAGAGACAUCCCCUGAGACAGCCAGAAACAAUGACACAACCAAUGAACUCAAAACCAGGGAGCUCAGCGGGUGUCCCAGUGUGACGUCAGUAUCGAGUCACCCCCUCAUCAGCACAGCAUAUACACAAAUCCAGACCCAUCAGCUGCUCCAGCAACACAAGCAGCAGUUUUUGAUACAGCAGCAGCCUCCACAGUUAAUGCAGAGAGCUCAAGCCCAGCUCUUAGAAGCGACAACCAUUCAACCGCACACAGUCCAAGCUUUAGCCAUCCAGCCGGUCCUGCCAGCUCAACAUGAGCAGUGUCCUAUAUCUGUGCUACCCAAAGUGCCUGUUACCUGCCAACAAGCCUCCAUCUUCCAUUCAACUUGUGCCACUCAACAGCCUCUCACCCAGAACGGCCAGUCGCACAUUCUCGGCCACAACAAGGGAGCUCCUCUGCAGCUAACCUCAGUUAACCUGCAGAUCCAACCAUCUCCAACUGAGCUGGGAGUAGCCACACAGAAUGGGUUUGAUAAGGACGUCCCCAUUGCCCUUGAAGGUAAAGACCUCGGCCCUGUCCAGAACCACGAGCAGCUGCUAUGCAUACCAUCAGUGCCAACCCGGAUAAAACAAUGCCAGUUGCACAAGUUGUGCUAUCAAAGACAAGCAACAGAAAUCACAAAAGUGGACAGAGUGAAUGUGAAGGCAGGUGUGGGCUCACCUCCAGUCAUGACCUCGGGCAGCGGGAACAAUGCGCCCACUGUGACCGGUAGCGCUCCGCAAAAUGGCGAGAGUAAACCGCCGCCACAGGCCGUAGUGAAACCCCACAUCCUCACUCAUGUCAUCGAGGGAUUCGUCAUUCAGGAGGGAGCUGAGCCUUUUCCUGUUGAACGUCCAUCUUUACUGCUUGAGAAUUUAAAGAUGCAGAAACCGAAUCAGACCUUUCACACUACAAACACUGAGAUGGAGGAUCUUUCACAGCAAGAUCUGAAGAACCAGGAUGAGGAACCGGUGCUGGCGUGUGAAUUUUGUGGAAUUGUAGACGUUGCAUCUAACUUCAAGAGAUCAAAACGGUUUUGUUCGACAGUGUGUGCAAAAAGGUAUAAUGUGGGAUGUACAAAGCGGAUGGGACUUUUCCCAGGAAGGGCUUCGGAAAACGCAAAGAAACAGAGAUACUCCAAUGUCAUUGAGCAAAACAGCGGCACAGAUAUUGACAAACGAACAUCUGGAGUAUGUGUGUUAUCCCCAUAUCCCUUUCAUCCAAGUUAUGGUGAGUCGAGUCUGUGCUCGGACAUGUCAAGCUAUGAGGAGCCUCUUUCACCGCUAUCUGCUGCGAGCCCUGGAGCCCAGAGACGUCUAAAUGAACAGAGAUCAGAUCGCAGAAGAGAGCUUCCUCUUCUCUCGCACCACUUCCUGGCCAGUGACCCCACAAAGUGGAACGUCGAGGAUGUUUAUGAAUUCAUCUGCUCUUUGCCAGGCUGCCAGGAGAUCGCUGAAGAGUUUCGUUCUCAGGAGAUUGAUGGCCAGGCCCUGCUACUUCUGAAUGAGGACCAUCUUAUGAGCACCAUGAACAUCAAACUGGGGCCCGCACUGAAAAUCUUUGCUCAAAUUAAUAUGCUUAAAGACUCGUAGCAUUUCUGCUCAUGUUUUGUAAGGAUACCCUGAACUCCUGCACUGGUUUCCUCAUCCCAGUAUGGCUGUGGGUCUUGGGGAUUGCUGCUCCUCAAAACUACAAAAAAAACUUGUGAAUAUUAAACAGUUUCAUCCCCGGUCUGUGGUGUAUUCAGCUGUGCCAGGCCCAGGGGGCAACAAUUAUGUCAAAGUUGGAGAAACCCCACAGAAGACAAGCACAAGUAUCUAACCAUUUGUGCAAACAAAUGUUAAUGAUUUAUGGAGAUGUUCAUUUUAUAGUAGCGUGAAAACAGGUUUACAGUUUUUGUUGGUUUUGAACUGGAGUUUUUAUGUUAAUAAUAAAUCUAGGUGCUUUCACCAGAUUACAUGGACUCUGUAUUGUAGUUCUGCUUUUAAUUGUAACAGAAAAUUGUGAUUGUUGGUUAGCUAAGGACUAUCAAGCAGUACCAUUAGCCUUGCAGUGUGCCAUAGGUAGCUAACUGUUCAUGUUUCAUCUCAUGUUUAAGAAGACAUUUCUAUAUUCACACGUAAUUACACAUUUGUCACUGA